ACACUGAUUUCAGAGAGGGCUUUUUGUUUACAUUUUACAAUUUUACCGUUUAUAUUUAUUUUCUUAAAUUCAUAAUUAGAUGCAUAAAACACCUUUAUUAGAUAUUAAAAACACACACACUUUUUAAGAAAUAUCAAUUAUCAAAUAAUUUCAACCCUUAAAUAGUUCAAUUCAAUAGACAAAUUAUGCGAUGCAGAAUUGGAGAAUGUUAUCGUAGGUAUACCUAUGGCUACGGGAAUAUUGUAGCUUGAUAAGGCAGCAUAAACAUGAGUCAUUGAGUCAUAGCCAUUGGUGUGAUUCGCCAGAAUGUGGAUAUAUUUAGGUUUACUUCUCCUAACUGGAAUGUUAUGGGGCUGCACGAAUCCAUUUAUCCGCCAAGGUACCCGAGGGCUGCGCAAAGUGAAAGCAGACACAAAGUUCGGGCAAGCGCGAGCUGAAGUAAAGUUUCUAUUGGGCAAUUGGAGGUACGUUCUGCCGUGGUUGGUCAACCAAGCCGGAUCGCUGGUGUAUCUGCUGGCGGUGCAGCGCGUACCAUUGUCACUCGCCGUGCCGGCCGCUAACAGCCUGGCGUUCGCCUUCACAGCGCUCACUGGUGCAGCAGUGGGCUCCGAACAGCCUUUAGACUCUGGUUCGGUAGUUGGAAUAGUGUUAAUUGCAGCUGGAACAGCUCUUUGUUGUUGGGACAAGGCUGAUUAAUAAAAUAAUAUGAAAACUUA